AUGGCGCCUCAAAAAAUGCUCCAGCAAGUGGGAGAAUUGCAACUAAGAAAGCCAUUGCAGAAUCCUGUUUUAUACAUUGUGUUUCUCUGUGCAAAGUUGUCACUAAGGACCAUUGGAGCACAUUGUGUAAAGGCUGUAAAGCUUAUUCCAUGGGGAGCUCACAGCAAGAAGCGAGCGCCCCCUAGACUCCGGGAGGCGCACGGCAAGCCACAGCUGCUUGCUGCCCGCCUCUCGCCCGGGUCACCUCUGAGCUCAGCGUUGCGGUGCCAGAGAGCGCGAGAGGGAAAGCAGCCGAGCAUCGCGCGCCGGCCUCCCGUCUCUUGCGGCGCGUGCGCCCUUGGGCACAGGCCGUCGCUCCUGGAGCUGGCCUCCUGCAGAGCUCUGGAGCCUCCUUCGAGCUGCGGUGACAUUGGAGGAAGGAGGCAAAAGAGAGGAGGCGGAGACUCGGCUGGCGGGAGGCGGCGCUACCGAGGGGAAGGAACGCGCGCGCCUCGCUUUGCGCCUCUGGCUUGUGCGAGCAGCUGCAGCGAAGCAGCCCCCUCGACUCAGCGCGGAGGCUGUGAGGCGCGCUGGCGGUGGCCGCCCGGCUGGCUGGCUGGCAGGAGAGCGCGGAAGCCCGCUGAGUCUCGCCCCCGCUGCUUUCCCUUGCAGCUCUUCUCUCCCGCUUGGCCCGGGGUUGGCGAGGAGCUGCGGACUAUAAAUAGCAGAGGCUACGGAGUCCUUGCGUGCCACAGACUGGAGACGGACGCAGGCGGGCAGGCGGGCGAGCGGCGCCUUGGCGGGGAGGCAGCGCAGUUGGCCUUGUCUGCUGAAAAGAUCUUGCUCACUUUCAACCAGUUCAUUAGCAUCCCUGUUAUCAUCCAUUUCCUCUUCAUCUUCUUCACGAUCAGCCAGAUGCAAUACAAUGUCAAAGAAUUGAUUUCUCUGGCUAGAAGGCCAUCAUCUUGUUUUGACAAGGAAGGAAAACUGACCAUAUGCAGAAUGCUAAGGGAUGGUAAAUGUAUAGGUAAAAAUAGUUGGCAUUGGCAGUCGUCUGUGCACGUAUGUUUGGCAGCUGUUGUCUGCUCACUGUUUUAGUAUUCACAGAUUUGCUGGUAUAAUCCGUUUUCUUCAUUGCUAAUGGCUGAGUGCUCCUAAACACCUUCUAAGUAAUUGCUUUUCUGCCAUAGCUAUGGUGGAUUAGACUCUCACUGGUAUGUGCAAACAAAGAUGAAAGUAAUAGUCCUGCUGCUGGUUGCUAACUGGAUUAAUUUACAUAGGGGAAUGAGAGAAGUUAUCUUCUUGUGUGUUAUAUCAAACUACUUAUCAAGUUGCAUGCUUUCUGCAUGCUGGGGAGAAACAGGCUUAGUUUCUGGGCGCUAUGCAUGUUUAGGAGCACAGACAGUGCAAGGAGCUGCUAAAAUGAAUGGGAAGGCCUACACAUUUUCACAACCAGCCCUUGUUCUUCCCUCAGUACAUUUGGGUUGAUGCUAACAACUACAACAAGAUGGUCAAAACACUUAAUGGAACUAACCUAAUUCUGGGCCAAGAAAAGUUGAGUUCUGUGGCCUCUUAAAUUGAACUAAUUUGCAUGCAUUUGCCUAUUUUGCACACCUUCCUCUUUGUUUUUAUUUUAAUUGCAAGUAAGAGUACAAAGUUGUCCUUAACCACUCCAUCUUGUCAUUGUCUUUGGAACCAUCACUAUAUUUGGGCUUGAGAUGUUCAGAUCUGUUUUUCAUUUUUGUUUCAUUUUAACUUUGUUUAGCUCUGUUCCGCAUUCAUUUCCAUGUGAUGGUUCGCAACCCGCAGAAAUGUCAACAAAUACAUUAAAUGGCACAUUGCCACCCCCAGGGUAGGGGAGGACUGUCUCGUAGACCC